UCAGGCCCGCCGCUGCUUUCCUGAUUGCGCUGCGAGCUGUGCCCCUCGCCCAUCACCAAACAAUUGGGCAACUAAAUUUCUCGCCACUCAUCACCAUCCUAAUUUCUUUCGUGGGGUUCUUUUCAGUGGGGUCAUUACGAGAGCUGAAUUGUGGGUUUGCAGCUGCUCAUUCUGUCUCCAACCAAUCGCUCCAUUGCCGUGAACGUCCUCGCACAGCAGCUGAAAUCUUUGGGAUUUCUCCAGCUGUAGCGCAAUGGAGGUUCUUCCCCGCGCUAUUGCAACUUCCCAUGUCGUGGUUUCGUCGUCAUCGGCGCCCAAGGAGUCGAGCGAGUCUGGCAGCAAAAAUAACUCGCAAGUGAGUUUGUCCUCUGUUCCUUUUCUCCGCCCAGCGUCUGCUCUGGCUGCCUCCAUUGUCUCCUCUGCUACACCUGCUGCCUUGGCUGUGAAUUAUGACGAUUUCGUGAAAAGAACCUCUGUUGCCACGCCUGGUGCCCCCUCUGAAGACUUUUCCUUCCCCGAGUUGCCUUCAAUUUCGUUGCCAUCCAUUGAGUUGCCCUCCGUUGAGUUGCCAUCCGUCGACCUUGGUGGCGCGUCCGAUUUCAUAAGUACGAAUCCCCUGGCGCUCGUUGCUGGGCUUGCGGCUAUCAGUGUGCCUUUCGUCGUUUUUAGGGCGUUUGCGGCUCCUGGUGCUGCAUUUGGUUCUGUAUCGGCUGUCGAAGCGUAUGACAAGCUCUCCAAUCCUGAACUGAAAGCGCAACUUCUGGACAUCCGUGCACCUGAGGACAUAAAAACCGAGGGAAGUCCCAACCUUAAAUCCAUUAAGAAGACUGUCUUGAAAGUACCUUACGCUGCCGACGACGACACUUUUGUGGAUAAGGUCAUCGCGAAGAGCAAAGACGCUGAGAACACCACUCUCUAUAUCUUGGACAGAUUUGAUGGAGAUUCCGCUACUGUUGCAAAGCUCCUCGCCAAUAGUGGGUUCAAGAGUGCAUAUGCCAUUAAAGGAGGUGCUGAGGGUCCGAAUGGAUGGAACGAAAAGGAAUUGCCAUGGUUGAUGCCUGCCAAGGCUUUUAAAUUCGAUAUCGGCAACCUCAAGAACCUUGUCGGAACUGGUGAAGGAGUCGAUGUGGGCGCAGGUGACUUGUUGCCGAAGACACUUGGAAUAGCGGCAGCCGCCGGUGUUGGUUUCGUCGUGUUAUCUGAGGCGGAGACAACCUUGCAGCUGUUGGGAACAGUCGCAGCGCUGCAACUAUUUGCGAAGAAUUUCCUCUUUGCCGAGGACAGGAAGAAGACUAUUCAAGAACUCAAAACAUUUCUGGAUACUAAGAUUGCACCCAAGGAUCUAGUUGAUGAUGUUAAGGAAAUUGGAAGAGUUCUUCUACCUGACGAGGGUGAGGUCAAAGCGGCUGUUGCAACUGGGGAACAAGUUUUGGAAAAAGAAUUGGGAGUAGAUUCUGUUACACCAGAAUCACUGGCAAAAAAAGCCCAAGAGAAACUCGAGGAAGAAGUAGAGAAACGCGGAGUGGAACUUCCAGAUCUCGGUGCAGUCACAUCCGACAUUCAGGCGAGUGCUGAGUCAGUCAAAUCUAACAUCGAAUCCGCUGCAAAGGAACUUCAAUCAAAUGCUGACGAGGCCAUCUCUAACCUUGAGUCGGAUGCAAGCAAAGUUCAGGCGGAAGCAGAGGAAUUGGCAUCUGACAUAAAAUCCGAUGCAACGGAAGUGCUGUCAGAUGUCGAGAACACUGCCUCUGAACUUGAGUCCAAAGCAUCUGCAGCUGUUGAGCCAGCCGUAGAGGAGGUAUCUGCAGCUGUUCAGCCGGCCGUCGAGGAGGUGGAGGAAUCUAGCAACGGCUUUUCGACUUCUUCAAUAGGUUCCACGCCUACUGAACCCAUUAGUUCAACAUCAGAGGCAGAGGUAGAAGUCCCAGCUGAGACUUCUGCAGCGAAAUCCGUUUGAGAUGCAACCACUUCUCGCACUGCAGAUCCAUCUAGGUGUAGUAUUUGUUUGCAGGUAGAAGGAUUCUAUCCCGUCGCCCCAUCGUCAUUUCAAGGCAAUGAUGUGGCACAAGAAUUUCACAGACUACCUGGAGUUUCUUCACUUGGAGUGCUUGGUCACUCUUGGGUGGUGAAGGUACUAGUCGACAAUGAGACAAGGUAUGCAGUGGUUUAAUUGGGUAGUAGUGCUGAGGUUAAGAAAUUCACUAACUUUGCCUUACUAUGUAAGAGCAGUGUUUACGAUUCUCGACUUAGGCGGGUGGUUAUUACAGUUUUGAGCCGAGCUGAAGAGUUCAGUUGGUCAGAUGAAGUAGGAAUCUAGAGUUACUGUGUAUUUGUACCUGAUUUCCACUCUUGAAUGUUUCGGCAGCCUUGUGAGUGGAAGUUGCAUGCCUGUAAAGCAUGUAUGUACAGUCAAUAUUUUUUGUGCUGGAAUAUACUGUACCCCUCAUCUUGAAUAGUCCAGGUGUUCUCAUAUCGGUUUGUUAUUGCACCAUUCGUAAUCUUCAAAGAAAUUUGAUUGUAAUGAGGUCAUUCUGAGGCCUUGGACUGAGUAAAGUGCAUUUCGCAUAAUUAUUUUCGGA